AUGAAAAUUGUAUUUGAACAUCAAGGUCGCAAGACUACUAUACUCGGUAAUGAUUAUGUUUCAAUAGUCGAAAAAAUUAGGUUAUUAUUUCCAAAUCAAAAUGAUCGUCGAAUACAGUUUUAUGAUCCUGAACUCAAUGAUUAUUUUGAAUUCACGUCAUAUGAACAAAUUAUCGAUCAACCAAAUGGAUUGAAAAUGAACUUCGAUAUGUCAAGCAUUUCAGAUUCAUUCUGUGAAAAUAUUGAACCACCAUCAAUACCAACAUAUUGUGAUUUAAUAAUUCAAGGUUUACAAUCACGCGCCAUACAGCAAGAGUUUUUACGACAAACAUGCACUUAUUUUCUUCAACAAUAUCCUGAUUCUACUUCACGGAAAGUUCAUCAUUCCUUUAUUAUGGCUCUCACACAAAAAUUUCCAGCAUUAAACUUUUUGGACAAGAGUGUCGAUGGAGUUAAUGGAAAAGCACCAUAUCAUACAAUAUCUCGUCUGCUUUCUCGAAAAAAACGAAACCUUAAGUAUUCAAAAAGUCAUCCAACACCAAAAUGUUCACGAACAUUAACACUUGAUUCAAGUUCGGAUAACAAAACAAAGACAAACGAUGUCGCUGAAGAGACACCAAUUAAUGAUGCACAUAGUCUGAAGAUUGAUUGGGACAAAAAUAAUUUUUCCAAUGAAUGUUCAAUUGAAGAAUUAAUAAAUGAAUCGUUUAAAAAUGAAACAUUAGAUUCACUACUUGAUCCAUUUGAAAUACAUAAUGUAAUAACUCCAUCACCAAACACACCCAUCAGACCACAAAUACUCUCAAAAAAUGAUCGACAAGCAACAAUAUCAUUAGUAACUCCAUCGACUUCAUUAACUCAAUCAACUGUAUCAAUUAUUAAUCCUUCAUCUAUUUCAACUACACCGGUGAUAGUAAAACCAAUUAUCACAACAAAUACACCAACUAAUAUUAUUUACCACAAUGGACGUAUGCACAUAACUUCACUGCCAUCACAAUCGAUAGUUUCUGUUCAUAAAGCUAUUAUACCACGAGAAAAAAAAGAAAAUAAUAAUUGUCAAGAUAUCGAAGUAAUCAACACAAAAAAGCCAGAUAAUAUUUUUAAACAAUCUGCCAUUCAUAAUAUUGAAGAAUCAUAUAGUACAAGAAAUGAUCCAGAAAUAUUGUUUCCGAAGUUAUCUAAUUCAGAACAAAAUGCAUAUAAUACAGAUGUUACUCGUCUUCGUUCAAUUAUAAAACCUAAGAACAAAUCCUCAAACAAUAUUUCAAUCGGCAAAGUACAUGCACUGAUACAAAAUACUCAUCGAAUUAGGCGCCGACUACUGGGAAAAGAAAAAAGUGAUUUUUAUAUGAAAGGUUUUCAAUAUCAAGAAAUGUUUCACGAAGAAGCACUCACCAUGGAAUUCAUGCUGUUACAAAAUCAAAUACUUACCUGGGAUGAAGUACAAUAUAAAUCACGUGAUUUAUUUGAUGGUCUUAUUAGAAAAUAUAGGAUCGAAACACAAGAGAAGACUAGUGAGGCCGAUUUUUCAUCUGUUAAACUUUUCUGUGAAGCAGCACAGGAACACAAUUUGUUUUUUAAGAAUGGCUUACCUAAUUCACAUCCAAUGAUUGGGGUUAUAAUUAGUUCGUCAUCGAUAAAUCAAUAUGAAAAAGCAUUUAUAUUCAUCAGAAACUUACCGUUUAAAAUGCCUGUUUCAAUUGCUGCUGGUGGCUUACGCAAAAUAUUUUCACUACUCCUCAUCAUAUACAUCAACUUAAAUGAUACACCUGUUCAUACGUUACUUAAAAUGUUAUUUGAACAAUGUAACGAAAAAAAGCAUGAGCAGAAGGUAAUAACACUUAUUACUUAA